AUGACUACACUAUUAAACAAAGCCGGAAAAGAACUCUUCGCCAAGCACCUUGAGCAAUACGCGCCUCAGGACCCUUUAUACGAAUUCUACACCAAUGAAAGAGGAAAGCAGAAGCGAAGAAAGCGUGCCAUCCCACCAGGCCUCUCGAAAAGAGACGCUAAAAUUUUGAAGAAGCUCAUGUCUCGGGCACACUACCUGGACAAAGGGUUCUCAUUCUGUGGUCUUCGCUUUGGGUGGACAUUUAUUAUCGGAAUGAUUCCACUGGUUGGCGACGUCGCCGACAUCAGUCUCAACUACCUUCUCAUCGUCAAGCCUGCGCGCAAGCUAGAGCUCCCAAACUGGCUGCUGCGCCGGAUGAUGGUCAACAACGCCGUUAGCGCAGGGGUGGGGUUUGUUCCUGUCGCUGGGGACGUCUUUGUCGGGGCUUUCAAGGCCAACUCGCGCAAUGUAGCUCUAGUCGAGGAGUUUUUGAGGAUUAGAGGGGAAGAGUUUAUCAAGAUGGGUGGCGUUGCCGAGGAAGAAGCGAAGAAGGGGUGGUUCGGGACCUUGAAGGGAAGGCAGAAAGCCACUGCACCCGUCGCCCCUAUGAGCCCCCAGGAUGUGGAGCAGGUCAAACCGGGCGCUGGGAUGUCGGGAGAUGAGAUGAAGAACUCUUUGUCCGAUGAAAUAUUGGAUGGUCAGAUGUCCAAUGCUCCAGUAAACAGCGUUCCUGCGAGGUCAGGAUCGUCUGGUUUCAGCCUAUUUGGUUCCCGCAAGUCAAAGGGAAAGAAUAUAGCUCCCAAUUCAUCACGGUCUGCUCAAGCUGACAGAGGACGCUUUGUCGAGGAUGCCGAUGUUGUGCCAGGGGCAAUUGGACCUUCGAAUUAA